CGUCACUAGGGGCGGGGGGAUGCCGCUGGCUGGUGUCAGGCGGCUGCACGGAGCGGGCGGGCGGAGGAUGCAGCGGCGGCGGCGGCUGGAGGAGCGAGGAGCCAUGCAGCGCUGUACGCCGGGGUCCCGACCGCAGAGCAGGCGGAGCGGGGGCGCCUUCACCACCCUCCUGCUGACAGCUUUUUUGUUAAGCUCUGCUGAAGGGAUAAAUGGAACAAUUAACUGGAAGACUAAGCAACCCAACAGUUAUAUUAUCAGCAGAAUAAGGGCUGCUGAAAAGAAUGUGUACACGAUUCUCUCUAAGGUGCACUCUGAUCGGAAUGUAUACCCUUCUGCUGGAGUUCUUUUUGUUCAUGUUUUGGAGAGAGAAUACUUUAAGGGGGAGUUUCCUCCUUAUCCAAAGCCUGGUGAGAUAAGUAAUGAUCCUAUAACAUUUAACACCAACUUAAUGGGUUACCCUGACAGACCUGGAUGGCUACGCUACAUUCAGAGGACACCAUACAGUGAUGGAGUAUUGUAUGGAUCACCAACUAUAGAAAAUGUGGGCAAACCAACCAUCAUUGAGAUCACUGCUUAUAACAGGCGCACCUUUGAGACUGCAAGGCAUAACUUGAUCAUCAAUAUAAUGUCAGCAGAAGAUUUUCCUUUACCAUAUCAAGCGGAGUUCUUCAUAAAGAAUAUGAAUGUAGAAGAAAUGUUAGCAAGUGAGGUUCUUGGAGAUUUUCUUGGAGCAGUGAAAAAUGUGUGGCAACCAGAGCGUUUGAAUGCUAUAAACAUCACCUCAGCUCUAGACAGGGGAGGCAGAGUUCCACUUCCUAUUAAUGAUAUGAAAGAGGGUGUCUAUGUUAUGGUUGGUGCAGAUGUUCCAUUCUCCUCAUGCUUACGAGAAGUGGAAAAUCCACAAAAUCAGCUGAGAUGCAGCCAAGAAAUGGAACCUGUAAUAACGUGUGAUAAAAAAUUUCGUACUCAGUUCAAUAUUGACUGGUGUAAAAUCUCUUUGGUUGAUAAAACAAAACAAGUUUCCACCUAUCAGGAAGUGAUCCGUGGAGAGGGAAUAUUACCUGAUGGUGGAGAAUAUAAACCACCGUCUGAUACACUGAAAAGCAGAGACUAUUACUCGGAUUUCCUAAUUACACUGGCAGUGCCCUCGGCAGUAGCACUGGUGCUUUUUCUAAUACUUGCUUAUAUCAUGUGCUGCCGACGGGAAGGAGUGGAAAAGAGAAACAUGCAAACACCAGAUAUCCAGUUGGUCCACCACAGUGCUAUACAGAAAUCCACCAAAGAGCUUCGUGAGAUGUCCAAAAAUAGAGAGAUAGCAUGGCCUCUUUCAACACUUCCUGUGUUUCACCCAGUUACUGGUGAGAUUAUACCACCUCUUCACACAGACAGCUUUGAUAAUACUAGCAUGCCACUAAUGCAAACACAGCAGAUCCUGCCACAUCAGACUCAGAUUCCACAGCAGCAGACUGCAGGAGAAUUUCGUAUGACAACAUUUCAAAGAUUUGAGGUAAAUGGUAUCCCUGAAGAAAGAAAAUUGACAGAAGCAAUGAAUUUGUAAUCAAAUAAUGCAGUAAUCAUGUCUUAUUUCCUUAUUUGUGCAAAUAAUGCAUGCGCUUUUCUGCAGUACAGUGUGCAUGCCUACAGUAUUAAGUUCUUCAGUGCCAGAUUGUACAAUCAUUCCCAUUUAACCAGUGUAUCGUAUCUUUUUUGUACUUUGGACAUUUUUGACAAUUUGUAAAACACUGAUAACUUUUUAUAUUUGUUACAUUAAGAAAACUAUCUUUAAAAUAAACAUAUUAAUAAAUAUCAAA